GAAAGUUCAGCAAAACAAAAGAGGCAAAUCGAUUAAAUCAAAUUGGUUAAGUCAAUUAAUUAUGGAUUUAAGUAAACUGCCGAACGAUAUGAAACUACAAUUGUGCAAAUCAUAUUUUAAAGUUGGUUGUCUGUUCCUACCGUUUGUGUGGGCGGUGAAUGUGUGUUGGUUCUUCCGAGAUGCAUUUAUAAAACCAGCAUAUGAUGAGCAGAAACUAAUAAAGAAAUUUGUGAUAAUGAGUGCAAUUGGAGCUUUCGUGUGGGCUGUUAUAUUGGUUACGUGGAUUACGGUGUAUCAAACAAACAGAGUGUCGUGGGGAGCUACAGGCGACGCACUAUCCUUCAUAGUACCUUUAGGACGAGCCUAGAAAUGUAGAUAAGCAAUAUGUAUUUUUAUUAAUAAGACUUUUUCAUUUUAACUUGUUGGACAGUAUUUAAGGGAGAUUGUGUGGUGCUCUUAAUUAUUUAAUAAUUAUGGCGUGUUAGUUAAGCUAUUUACGACCAGACUACACAGCAAUCUAUGUUGAGUCAUGGCUUGAAAAUUAUGUUUAUUGGAAUGGACUCUCUUAAUGCACAUUUUGUUCACGGGCUGAGAAGCUAAACCGAAAGACCUUUUUUGCAAGAAUUUUUCAGUUACUUUCCGAUCACCUACGAAACAAACAUUUUUCUCUUCAAUCAGCUUGCCGUCAGAUAUUGAGAAUAUGCAAUUUGAAAUAAACAAUAAAAAAAAGAUAAUUUUUUUCACUAAUAUUUCUGAAAAUUAAUGACAAUACCAACUUUAUUUGAAUUAUAUGAUUAGUUUCAUGACGACUCUUAAUUUUUUUAUUUAAUUUUUACAUAAUACACUAUACAAAAAAGAUACAGCAAAAGGUACUCUGUUCCAACCUGUUAUCCCUAGGACCUCCCUCACUUUAGCUAGAAUUUCUUUAGUGCUAUAAUGGUACCUAUUGAUGUUGGGAGUUGAAUGAUAUGCAAGUCACAUAAUGUUUGUCUCAUAUAAAUAUACGAAUGUACGGAACAUCACGAGAUCCUCACAUGAGCCCGCAAUCAGGGCUGUUCCUAUAACUAAAUCGAGAGGUGAAUGGCUGUUUAGUUUAAGCGACAUUUCGCUUAACACGCGCCAUUUAUCUUUAUUUGAUAUCAGUAUCAACAAUUCGAUGUAUUUUAAUUAAACUUCAAUCAUG